AUAAUAAUAGUAAUAAUAAUAACAAUAUAAUGACAAAGUCUACUUUAGGCACAAUAUCAAAAUUUGGUGAUACAGCAGAUCAACGGGUGAAAACAGCGUGUAAAUUAAGCAUUGGUCAUCUGUUCCAUUUAAUCUCGCUAGAUGAAGAUUCAAUCGCUGUGACAAGUUAUCGACAAAUCGAUAAAAUUAUCAAAAUCGCCUACUCGUAUGCUUUACAAGUACCAGAUGCUAAAUCCUAUGUCUCGCUGAAUACAAAUUUCACAAAUGAUUCAACAGUUAUCCUCAAUUGGAAUUAUUUAGACAAUUAUUUAUGCAAUCGUGGUAUCAGUGACUCGUUUCGCUUACUCCCGAAUCUGAAAUUUUGGCGAAGUCGUUUCUUCAUAUUACCAAUUUAUAGUAAUGAAACUAGACGGUUAACUGAAGCCAUCAGAGACAAUACAACUGGUUCACGAAUUCCUUGCGACGUUUUCGAAUCGGAUUAUACGAAUAUGAAUCGGGAGAAAACUUGUGAGAGAUUUGUUCACUUUAUUGAAUCAGUGAAUCGUAUUCGUCGAACAGUUAUACCUAGUCGAAAAAUCAAUCGUCAGUCGGUUGCCGAUAAACCUGAUGCUUAUCGUACAAGCACAUGUAAUCUGCCUAGUUCCAAUACGCUAAGUGAUUCAUCUAUGCCUACUACACCUAUAUACUGUGUUACUACUGGUGCGCAAAAGUUAAACAAAACUGGUUCACUUACAACAGCAGCUGCCUCAACGCAUACAAUACGAUCAUCAACAAUUAUAUCACCCAGUAUUAUUGGAUUAUGCAAUGAAUCAUCGAAUGAGGGUAGUAACAGUAAAAACAGUAACAUCAGUACUAAUACUGUUCAACCUACUGGUGGUGGUGGUACAGCAGUACAGACAAAUGUCCCCCCGAUAGAUGAUUGUCAAUCGACUACAUCUUUGCCUAAUCUACUUGGUAUAUUUUAUCAGUCGUCCGAGGAUCAAUCUAGUCAACCUAGUCAAACAUCAUCUUCUGGUAAUAUGUCAACUGGAAAUAUACGUUCAUCAUUGAAUUCAAUCACUACACCCUACUCGAUUGUAGCCUUUAUGAUGGCUGAUAAUGAAAAUGGUCUGCCGUUUAUUUUAGCAUCAACUACAAAUGCUUUUCCUGAUUAUACAUUUAUAUCUAUUGAUGCAGUGAAUUGGGUGAUUAAAUGGUUUCUUGAUAUUGGAACAAUUGAACAGGCUGUUAUCUAUCUACAGCAAUUAAUAGAGGCUGGUUGGUUGUGUCAUACAUCUGGAAAUCCUAAACAUGCCUUCAUCUAUGGGACAUACUUUUAUACUCUGCUUAUACCUGAUUUAAAACAGUCAGGUAGCUGUGCAUCGAAUGAACUACCUAUCAGUCUGUCUACAUCGGAUAGUAAUGAGUUGAGCAUUACUCAUUCUGCACCAGUUACACCUGUACAAUCGAAUGCAUGUCUUUCAGCCAAUUCAACAACACCUACUACGAAUGUGAAUUCUUUUGUUGGUAGUGUUACUGCAACGAAUACAAUGGCAUGUUGUAGUACUUCUACUAGUACGCAUAGUUGUAGUGUUGCUCUCAGCAGUAAUACUGGUGGUUCUCUGUCAACAAUAUCAACAAUAACAACAACAUCGACAACAGCAACAACAACAACAGCUAAUAUUAAUACCACGAAUACUCCAGUAACUACUACUACCACUACUACUAACAACAGUAGUAAUAGUAGUAGUACUAGUGCUAGUACCGCUAGUAUCGUAUCUUCUACACUACUUAAUCCAACUGUCUCCAAUCUAACAUCAAUCAAUAAUAAUUCAUUUGCUAAUCAAUCCAAUAUCGAUUUAAGCCUACAACCUUCAUCAUUUCCUAAAGGUUAUAUACCAAAAUUAUCAAAUGAUUCUUCUAAGUGGACAUGUGUAUUUCAAAAUGAAUGGGCUGAAAUUGCCAUAGUCUAUUAUGAUGGUACAGAUGGACAACAACUACUGUCUAGACAACAGAUGAUACGUGGUGAGAAGUGUACAAAUUUGAAUGAUUCACCAAGCACUGCUGACACAACACCACCACCACCAGCAACAACAACAACAACAGUGACUACUAGUACUACUACUACCACUAAUGCAGGGAAUAGUAGUCAAACCAAUGAUUCAUCAUUGUCGCCUUUACCUUCUUCUUCGUCUUCUUGUUCUACACCUCGAAUUCAAUGUAAAACUUCAACAGAGAAAGAUUGUUUUAUGAAAGAUGGUUUAUUGAAGUAUUCAUUGAUUUCUUCAUUGUUUGGAAUACCUGAUAAAACUGGAUUUCAAGAAAUUGAUCAAAUUCUACGUAAAAGUUGCCUGUGUGAUAUGGAUGAACCAGACGAUGAUGGUCGAGUGGAAUGGGCGCAUUGUGUAUACGAUGCAAAUUAUCAUCCGACUUGUGCAUUUUCAAUUGAACUUCAAUGGCUUGUUGUUACAGGUGGACGAAUGGCUGAAUUGGUAGCAUUAUGGCAUCAAAAAGCUGGUGCAGCUAAUCUCCACUUUUUCCCAGUACCAUGUUUUCCAUUCAAUCAAUCGGAUAAUGACUUUUUAUCGGAUAAAGAUCCCCUGCGUAAACCAAUAUUUCUACCGAUCAAUAUAAAUGUAUUGAUUGAAACAGUUGAGACAAUUUAUUCCACUGAGAAGAAUACUCAUCAACAUCAUCAGAAUAACAAUUUAUCAUUAAAAUGUAAAGCUAAAGGGGUUAACAGCUGCUCAGAUAUGAAUUUGAUCGAUAUAUUAGAAUAUUUAUUCCCUGAUAUCCCAUACGCGGAACGGUUGACCUGUAUUCGUUGCUUUCAAGACUCUAUACUUAGAAGAUUUGGUUUUAUUAGUGAUAAUUGUGAUAAAGAUCGUUUAAAUUAUGAAUUACACGGUCGGCGGGCUUUCAUCUCAUGUAAUUCACCAAAACAAUGGAUCUAUGUACACUGUAGUGGUGGUAUAUUUACUAUGAUACCAUUAUAUGACAAUUUUGAUGAAAAACUACAAUCUGACGAGACUAUCAUUGAUAAUACUGACAUCUUGGAAACUUCAAAUGGUCAUAAUACUGAAGGAACACCAACAACAACAACAGAGAACAUGACUGCUGACAGCUUUAAAGACGAUAGGAGGACUCCUACUAGUAGACCAACCGCAACUACAGGCAAAAACGCCACUGAAACACUGUCAGAUCGUAGUAACAAUUGCUAUUUGCUGCAAACAUCACUGGGUUACUUUUGGGCAUGGAAUCAUAUGCUGCCAAGACGUUGGCGUGGUCAUCUUACCGGGGAUGAAUCAUUUCAAGAUGGUAUGCUGGCUGAUUUUAGAGCAUUUGUCAAUGGAGAAGAUAAUCGUCUGUCGCAAUAUUUCAGUCAAUUUAUAAAGUCGUUAGCCAAUUAUUAACAUUGUGACUGUUGACGCGGCUGCUGCUACGACUACGAGUACUAGUCAUUAGGAUGAAAAUCAAUGUACAAUAGAGCAUAAUGAUGACGACAGUGAUAUUGAUUAGUUCCACCAAGUUGUUGUACAUGACCUCUUUGACAGAAAUUUUUGAAGGAUUUUGACUAAUCUUGAUAUAUUUUAUUAUUAUUAUUAUUCUUACUGUUAUUUUUUAUUACCAAAGAGAAUAUUGUGUUGCUUUUCCCAAUAAAAAUGACCUUUUGAUUUUCAUUCUAA